CUCCUCGUCGGCAGCAAUCACAUGUGGAUUACCUCAAGAUUCGAUUCUGGGUUUUUUAUUCUUCUUGUAUAUGCUAGUCGAAAGUUGAAAAGCUUGUUUCUUUGUCGAGGACUUGGAGAUUGUUUAACGUGCACUUAUAACGUCCCAUAUUGAUUAUUAUCCCCUCCUGGUCCGCAUCCCUCCACACACUCCUUCCUGUAACACACACACACUCUUAACAUCAACUCUACUGGCACUGUUUCAGCCCCACGUUCAUCUAACGCCCACACUCACGCAAGUUUACCACUCCACUGACACGCACAAACACUUUUCACAAACACACACUCGCCUUUGACCUUGCCGGCAGCAUCAUGCUGAGCCAGGAGUUCUUGCAGAAGCUCAGGUUUCCAGAGCUGGAUGACGUCAGCCAGUACAUCAGGAAUGUCUCCACCCCCGUGUUGGUCAGCAUGGGGGCCAUGGCUGCUGCGACAACCUUCUACCUGGCAACACGACCCAAGGCCCUCCCACCAGUCUGCGACCCCGACACGCAGUCAGUUGAGGUUCCGGGCGGAGAGUUGGCACGCCGAUCAGUUCUGCUGAAUGGAGACUGUCACUUGACACAUUGCUACGAUGAUGCCAGAACAUUGUAUGAGUUCUUCCUCAGAGGGGCCAGAGUCUCCAAUAACGGUCCCUGUCUGGGCUCCAGGAAACCAAAACAGCCCUAUGAAUGGAUUUCCUACAGAGAGGUAAAGGAGCGAGCAGAGAAUUUGGGUUCAGCAUUUCUUCACAAAGGACACUCCAAGACCACCAACUCCCACAUUGGCAUCUUCUCUCAGAACAGACCCGAGUGGACCAUCAGUGAGCUGGCAUGUUACACCUAUUCUCUGGUGUCAGUCCCUCUGUACGACACACUGGGAACAGAAGCCAUCGCCUACAUUAUAGACCAAGCGUCCAUCUCGACUAUAGUGUGUGACGUGAUAGAAAAAGCCAACCUGGUACUGGCCUGUGUCAAGGACAGGGAACACUCUGUGAAAAUCAUCGUUCUAAUGGAGUCCCCCAGUGCCGAACUGGUCAACAGGGGGCAACAGGCUGGAAUCCACAUUCUCAGCCUGCAGGAUAUGGAGGCUAUCGGAAAGGCCAACCAUCGUCUACCAGUGCCUCCGCGACCUGAGGACAUGGCUGUCAUCUGCUUCACCAGCGGAACAACAGGAAACCCAAAGGGAGCUAUGUUAACACAUGGGAAUAUUGUGUCCAACUGCUCCGCCUUCAUCAAAAUGACAGAGGUUUCCUGUCCAUUGUGUCCCAGUGAUGUCCAUAUUUCCUUCCUGCCCUUGGCUCAUAUGUUUGAGAGAGUAGUGCAGGGAGUGAUGCUCGUGCAGGGAGCCAGGAUUGGCUAUUUCCAGGGAGAUAUUCGUUGGCUCUCAGAUGACCUCAACACAUUGAAACCGACUGUGUUCCCUGUGGUACCCCGACUCCUGAACAGGAUGUAUGAUAAGAUCUUUGGGCAGGCCAACACCUCUCUGAAGCGCUGGCUGCUGGGAUUUGCCUACAGGAGGAAGGAGGCAGAGAUGAUGAAGGGCAUCGUGAGGACAGACAGUAUCUGGGAUCGACUCAUCUUCCGGAAGGUCCAGGCCAGCCUUGGAGGUCGUGUGCGUCUCAUGAUAACAGGAGCUGCCCCCAUCUCUCCGAGGGUCCUCACCUUCCUCAGAGCUGCAAUAGGCUGUCAGUUCUAUGAAGGCUAUGGACAAACAGAGUGUACUGCUGGAUGCACCAUGACCGUGCCUGGGGACUGUAGUGCAGGUCAUGUUGGCGCUCCUCUGCCCUGUAACUCAAUUAAACUAGUGGAUGUGCCUGAGAUGAACUACCUGGCUGAAAACGGGGAGGGAGAGGUGUGUGUGAGUGGUCCUAACGUGUUCCAGGGCUAUCUGAAGGACCCCGAGAAGACUAAGGACGCUAUUGAUGCAGAUGGAUGGCUUCACACUGGAGACAUUGGAAAAUGGCUUCCGAAUGGCACGCUGAAGAUUGUGGACAGGAAGAAGCACAUCUUUAAGCUGGCACAGGGGGAGUACAUUGCUCCUGAAAAGAUAGAGAAUAUCUACUUGAGGAGUGAAGCAGUGGCACAGAUCUUUGUGCACGGGGACAGUCUGCAGGCAUGUCUGGUAGCUGUGGUGGUUCCUGACCCUGAUUUCUUGCCUGGCUGGACCAAGAGGAACUUGAGACUGGAGGGCAGCUACCAGGAACUAUGUGGCAGAGCGGAAGUCAAGGCAGCUAUCUUGGAGGACAUAGUGCGAUUGGGCAAAGAAGGAGGCCUCAAGUCCUUCGAGCAGGUGAAGGCAAUCUACAUCCACACCGAGCUGUUCUCAAUCGAGAACAGCCUGCUCACGCCAACACUGAAGUCCAAGAGGAACGAAAUACGACAGCACUUCAGAUCCCAGAUAGACGAGCUGUACGCUGGGAUCAAAAUAUAGAAGGAGAGGAGGAGAGUAAAAAGAAAGAACACAAGAGCCCUUCCAAAUGUGUUUCAGAUGAAGAAAAAAGGAGGAGGCAGAGACAUGGGGAAGGAAAUGAAGGGGUCUUCUCAGACCAAAAAGAUCAUCAGACUGUUUAGUCCUCCUGGCCACACUAGAAAUAACAGGAACAGGAGGUCAUGUAGAUUUUAAUGGAACUUGAUUCAGAGCAUUUAGAACAAAAUCAGUGCCUGAUAUGAUCUAUGGCACCAAACACAAAACCU